GACUCGCAGAAACACUGUUAUAUUUGCGUCUGUAAAAUUUUUAAUUUGCAUGUUAAAUUUCCUGAAUCACAUUAUUUUUUCCAGACCAUCCAGGGACUCGCCGCUAGAGGCGCUGACGAGACGGGACCAGUUUGAGAAGUGAAGAUGGACAAAAGGAAACAGUUCAGUAUACAUAAAAGUCCUUUGAUUCGAGGUUCAUUUCUAAUUUGUCAUGGUUUCUGAGGAGAAAAAAAAAAAAAAAAAAUACGCGCUACAGAUAAUCUUCAUUUACUGUAACUUAGGUCAUUUAUCUACUUGUCACAACAUGUUUGUAUCGCUCUGUAAAAUAUUAUAGCAACAAAACAUAGGCUAACUAAAAUUGCUCAAAACACUUGAAUUACAGUUUAGGCAACAAACUGGGAAACAAGUAACUUGCAGAUCUAACAGAUGUGUUUUCUUAAUUCUAGCAGAUAACAAAAAAAAAAAAAAGUUUGGCCACAAAAAAAAAAAAAAAAAACACUUGCUCUGCGUUCUUAAAUUUACUUGGAUGCCAAUAGUUGAGUUAUGUUGUUUGUUUAACCCAAAAGCCAGCUGACGUGAUAUCAGCCACAUAAAGGCUUUGUGUAAUAUUCAUGCAUUUGGAAAUUGAGAAGCUGCCCUUGCAUGAUGGCGGAUGAGUGUGUCCGUGGGGCAGACCGCAACAUUAAUACACCUCACCAGCAGUGAAGCGUCGGCCAGUGGCGUGGACAUAUCAGGAAGAGAACACAAAUUCAUUGAAAUCAAAUUUUGGAGCGCUGUUUCUAGAAGAGACCGGGAGAGAGAAAAAAAGCCCCGGAAAGACCCGCUCGUUUCGUCAUUUUGAGAUCCGAAGGGGAGGAUUUCUUCAUUCCCAGAAAAUUUCUCCGCAUGACCCGCAUCAUUUUGGGAGGUAACAAAGUGGAGCCGCCGCGUCUUUCCUCAUUCACAAAAGACAGAAUGUAACGGGCGCUUUGGUCGCAGACUACCGGAGCUCAUGUUUGUGUGCGCGAUUGUACCCUUGUUUGGAAGAAUUCAAGAAAAGCAGACAAGGAAGGAGAGGAAGUAGAACAGAGCAGUUGACUCCUGCGAGCUCUGCACCACAAGUUCCCUUAGCUGCUGCUGAGCAGACGUGGAGUCAUGAGUUGUCAGGAGGUGCCGAACCCCAGCCAGGAGCCCAAGGACACGGCUGUUGUCCCCACAGAGGCUGGAGCAACACAGGCGGUCCCAACAACGUCUCCAAAGCUGCCCUCAGUGAGCGUGAAGACCGAGGUGGCAUCCCCCGAGUCUGUGGCCAGUAACGGCAAAGCGAGUGACGGCAACAAUCCCGCGGAGAUCUGCGUUGUUUUGGGAAGCUCUCGCAACUCUCAAACACAAGGCUCUUACGUUUGUGGAGUAUGUGGUAAAAAGUACAAGUACUACAACUGCUUUCAGACGCAUGUCCGAGCUCACACAGAGACUGAGGCUGCUGCUUCUGGAGAAGGAGCAUCUCUGGGAAUCAAUAGUUCUUUCCGCUAUACGUGUGACGUAUGUGGGAAAAAAUACAAGUACUACAGCUGUUUUCAGGAGCACCGAGACCUCCAUGCAGUGGAUGAUCCGUUUGACCAUGUGAUACCAGUGGAAGACCUUAAAGAGGAGACUGAAUCCUACCAGAAAAUGGGACCAAAAACGGGAAGCUACACGUGUGAGUUCUGUGGAAAACAAUACAAAUACUUCAACCCCUAUCAGGAACAUGUGGCUCUUCACGCGCCAAUAAAAGGAAAUUACAGUCUUAAAAUGGAAGGGAAAAUGUCUAGCCAGGCAGGCCAGCCCAGUCGUGCUGACAUCAACAAUUCCCAGAACUCAAGUGAUACUCCAAACAGCCGGACUUAUUCUUCCCGUCCCAGCCCUCAGAAAACCUACUCGUGUGGAGCCUGUGGAAUUCAGUUCCAGUUCUACAACAACCUCCUGGAGCACAUGCAGUCCCAUGCUGCUGAUAAUGAGAACCAUGUUAAAGAUGAGUCUCCAAAGCCUUGCCAAGCGCCUGUGGCCACACAGGAGCAGAUGUGGAAACCUCCUCAGCCAGCACAACAGAGGAACCAUGUACCAUCUUUUCAGAGCAGAUUACUCCCGGAAAAGGAGAGACAACAAGUGGCUGAACGUCUGCUGAGAGUAAUGUGCGUAGACCUCAGCCUUCUUGGCGUCCUCAGCAGCAAAGACUUCCUGAAGCUUGCGCAGACCCUAGUGGACACAGGUUCACGUAAUGGGGCCUACUCCAUUCGUGAAGCCCUUGGAGAUAUGAGCUCGCUGGCAUUAAAACAGCUGCCCCGUAUGUACAAUCAGGUCAAAGUGAAAGUUACCUGCGCCCUGGGGUCCAACUCUUCCUUGGGUAUUGCAGUGACCUGCCAUUCCCAGACUAUAGGGCCAGACUCCUGCUAUUUGCUUACAGCAUAUCAAGUAGAGGGUGUAAAACUCCGACGCUACGUGCUGGGACUCAAGGAGGCGUCUUUAAGGGAGAGUCCUGAGCAGAUACACCACUGGGUCCAGAAUGUUCUGUCAGAGUUUGUCAUGUCAGAAAUCCGAACAGUGUAUGUAACAGAGCCGCGCUUGUCUUCGUUAGCCUUUUGUGGUCGAACCGGAAUUGGCCUUCGUUGCGCAGGUUGCUCUCUAACAGCCACGGUUCAGGCUGUUCUCGGUCGCCGCAGCUUGCAAGCACGAGGGCUCCAUGAACUAGGAGAGCUUCUGGCUACCUGUCGCGACAUUGUUGCGACGACUAGCUUCAGUCAUGAAGGGAAAACUGGGGAAGAGCCUGCCGCACCACCCUGCUGGGAUGCAGUUGCAGAGGCCUUGCUCAAGGUUCAUGAGAACUUUGAGGCCACCUGUGAAGCAUACGGCCGUUCGAAGAGCACUGUGCCGCUCUUGCAAGGCCUGAACAAGCACCUGCUUGGCACGCUUGCAUGUUUGCUUGCGCCACUAAGACAGGCAGCACAGGAGCUGAGUGUGGAACGCUGCCCCACGCUCCAACACGUCUUUCCCGUCUACCUCCGUCUCGAAAAACUUUUCACCUCCAAAGCCGGUGAAGCAGGGGCUGGCAGUAAGCUUUGCCACUACUUCCUGGAAGCCCUGAAGGAGAACUUCAAAGUGGAACGUGUCCAUCAAGUCGCAAUGAUCCUGGAUCCACAGCUGAAGCUGCGGCCAGUCCCUGCAUACCAGCACGAGGACAUUAUCUCAAGGGUGUGUGACAUGGCUGCUAAUAUGAGGGAAGCCGGAAGCGGUGGUUCUGGGGGUACGUCUGUGGAUGAGCGGGAUAGUGAAGGACCGUCAGCACCCAAGCGUGGCCGUCUGGACUGUGGAUUGGAGAGGCCAUCGUGUGAUCCUGAAGAGCCACAGGUACGAAAAGAGUUGUUCCAGUACCUCGGUGAACCACUUUUUAAUGGCACAGGUGACCUGUUGCAGUACUGGAGCUCAGUCAUGGACAGAUACCCCAAGCUGUCGAGGUUAGCGCUGUGGUUGCUGGCUGUACCGGCUGUAGCUGUGCAUGGAGAGUGCAUGAGCAUCUGCGAGCAGACCUUAGCCAUGAAGAGAAAGCAGCAGGUCACUGUGGAGGAGAUGAACAAGCUGGUCUUCCUCAAGAGUAAUUUUGCUUGAGACGGCUCAGGACUUUUUAAGCUAAUGGCACCAUAGACUGUUUGAAAUGGAGACUUUUUGAAUCGGAUGUACCGGUCACUUCACAUUACCCCUUCCAAAAAUCUGAUUUACAGUAAGUGUCUAUCAGUGAGGCACAUGAUAGAGAUUUACUAAGGGAAGGUACAUUGACAACUUCACAAUUCACAAACACCCCUUCAGACUAUAUAGUAGCUUGGCAUAGGCAGUUGCAACAAAAGAAACUCAAUGAAGAUUACAGUCUGCCCGAGGACACGGACGUGAACUUGUGUGUUCGAUGUUUCAGUUGAACUGCUACUUAAAAUUGUGAUGGUGUUUUAAUCAGUAUGUGGUUCAUCCAUCUGUCUUUUCGUUCUGUGGAAUCCAUCUGAAAUCCAGUCGAUGGAUUAUUGAAAUCAUACACGACAUACUUUCCAUCUAGCGAAGGAAAAAAUGGGGUACUUAGAAAAAGCCAUUUCUUUGCAAAUACGCCUUUAGAAAAACCACAAACACUCUUUGCUGUGACAUCUGAACGAUACCUCUCUUUUGCGGUUUAUCAGAGGGCAGAUCAAGCUUGUAGAGGUGUAAGUCCUGAUUCACUAAUCUCAGUUAACCGGACGAGUGUGUUAACCCUCAGGAGUGCAAGGCCAGCAGAACUCAAAUGUAUACUAGGAUCAUAUAGAUAAACAGUUUUACAAUUAUUUAUUUUAUUUCAUUUUGUCAGUUCUCACAAUAACGUUGCAAUAAAUGUUCCGUAGCAGAAGUUAUACUGUCAAGCUGACUUAGAUGCCUUGCACCUUUGUAGCAGCCUUUUUUUUUUUUUUUUUUUUUUUCAUAACAGCUCACUGGGAUAAUUUAUUUCUACAAUACAAUCUGCAAUACCUGAAACAGCCACUUAAACCCCAAGAUUGGAUCCCCAAUAACAUUGGGUCACGGAAGUAGGAAAGAUCUGAUAUUGUGUGGUUCUGGUCCAGUAGAUCAGAUUUCUUUCUUUUUUUUUCUGUUCUUGUUUCUGAAAAAGUGAAAAUAGGGCUACGAAAUGCAGAAACUGUCUGUCUCUCACUGUCUCAGUACAAACCUCCUUGAACAGAGGCAGCUAAUUGCAUUAUUGUUUGAAUGCAUUUUUAAGAGGAUAAAGCUAAACAAAUAGUUUUUUAUUUAUGCACUGGAUUCCUCUUACCAUUAUUUUCAUCAUUUAUCUGCAGCAGGUUAUUAGAUUAGCGAUAACAUUAACUAGAGAAAACAUUGCCUAGAUUAGGACCAAAGUAUCUUUUAAAAGUAGUUUGUCAUUGUGAAUAAUUGCCAUUUCCGAACAGAUUUGUAGAGUUCUCUCAUAAUACUCAUGCUUCCUCAUAACGGUUUCGCCCUCAUAAGUGUCCACUGCCUUUAAACAACUGUUCUUUUCAAAUUGUUCUAGUAAACAAACAGAAGGAACAAUUUUCACUUCCAUUAUAAAAAGAAAUGAUCUUCAAAAGUAUUUUGCAGUAGUUUUUCCAAGGAGAGAUGUGAUUUAGUAUUAUAUAGUUUGUCUUGUAAUGCCUGGAAUAUCUUUGUGUGAUUAUACAGAUAUAUGCAUGCAGACAAUAUAAGAAUGUUUUUUUUUUUUUAUUAUUAUUAUUUUUAUCUUUAAAGUGGCAGAGAUCUACAAACAAAUAGUAAACAUUCAAACAACAGCAGAAAACUGUUGCCAGUCCUCUUGAGGUUUUGUUCAAGCACAGAUCUGUUAUAAAAGAGUGAAAGCCACAUUCUGUAACAAUAGUGAUUGACAGAUUUUCAGGAGUCACAACCAAAUUUUGAGGGUUGAGUUAUAUAUGCUGUAGGACUGAAAUGGCAGUGAAGUAGUCUAUCACAUCACUGAAAUGGGUUAGCAUGAGGUGUGCGCUUAGGGCUGUCAACCUCUCUCAGGUUAUGUAAAAUGGUGGUAUUGUGUAGUGAGAGAGAGAGAGAGAGACAAAAUUCUUAAUUAUUUAGGAAAUGGGCCAAUGUGAAAGGGGACGUGGACGGAACCGGAGAGUUCUUGUCUUCACCACAUAUAUGAACAGUCCCUAAAAAAAAUCUGAAAUCCUUUUAUAGUCUAUUGACUAUCAUUAUCUGUUCCUAUGGUUACCGGCAAUAUUUGCUGUAUGUAGAAAGGGACUGACUUUGAAUAACUGUAUAGACAUUAUAGGCACUCCUCUGUUGUUGUAGGUACAAGACAGUUUGAGAAUCACACAUGCUAGUAAAUACGGUUGUUAAUCCCAAACACUGACGUACACACCACAGAAUUUUGGAUUGCUAUGAUAAGCACCACAAACUCCCAUUUUGGCAUUUCGUGGCUGUGAACAAGAAAUGUUUGACAACAGUUUAACCUGUCUGGUGUCCGCCAUGUUUGACCAAAGAUUAGCGACCAAAGACACAUUGUGUUAUUGUGCAAUUUUACCUAAACCGCCGUUGAUCACUUGCUGUUUUAUGCUUGUGACGCUGAUGCUUUUAAACAGCACACUCUCUGCAGUGUUGUCUUUUCUGCUUAUUAUAACCUACUUUGUGCUUUUGGGUAUCCCAGUAAGAUCACUAAAAAUGUGAGCAACAUACAGUUUUUAGGGUUUUAUUAUGUUUGUUUUGCCAUAGUGAAAGACUGGUCAAAAUGUAGGAAUGAGUCAAGACGCAUAGGCCUACCUCUUUUCCCGUGCUUUCUUCUAUGAGAGCUAGGGCUGUGCAAAAAAUCUAAUGUGAUUUUCAUUGGCAUCUCCUCAGUAAAGCCGCUCCUGUAAUUAGUAGUGUAUGUCCAGCAUGUAUGUUCAGAUCAGGGUUGCCAGGUUUUCAGAACAAA